AUGACGAAGUGGAACCUGUUCAAGCACCAGACGACGCCCGGGGGUGAUGCCAAGCCCACGGGUGACGGUGCUCCAGAGGUGACCCAAGCUCCUGUGGCUAUGGUCGCAACCGAAAACAACUCCACGGAACCGGUCAGCACCAAGAAUGACGCCUUCGAUGAGAUUAAGAACAAAUUCCUUAACGAAAUCGACAAAAUCCCACUGCCGUCAUGGGCCAUCAUCGCCAUCGCCGUGGUCGCAGCACUGCUCAUUGUGACCUGCUGCUUCUGCGUUAUCAAGAAGUGCUGCUGCAAGAAGAAGAAGAACAAGAAGGGCAAGAAGGGGAAGGGUGACAUGGGCAUGAAGAACCUGACGGGUGGACAGAAACCACAGGACGACGAUGAUGAAGAUGACGAUGUGGAGCCUGAGAUGCCUGAGGAGAAGGAGGUCGAGGUCAAAGAGAAGGAGAAACUCGGGAAGCUGCAAUACUCUAUUGAUUAUGACUUCCAGGAGAACAAGCUGACCGUAGGCAUCCUGCAGGCGGCUGAUCUCCUCUCCAUGGACAGCGGCGGCACUUCAGACCCCUACGUUAAGGUCUUUGUUCUUCCGGACAAAAAGAAGAAGUAUGACACCAAAGUUCACAAAAAGACACUCAACCCAGUGUUCAACGAGACCUUCAUCUUUAAGAUUCCAUUCCAAGAGAUGGGAGGAAAGACUCUGGUUAUGUCGGUCUACGACUUUGAUCGUUUCUCCAAACAUGACGUCAUUGGGGAAAUUAAAAUCCCCAUGAUGAAACUGGAUCUGGCUAAGCCCAUCGAGGAGUGGAGAGACUUGGACAGUGCCGACCAAGAGGAGCCAGAGAAGCUGGGUGACAUUUGCAUCUCCCUUCGUUACGUCCCCACGGCCGGAAAACUCACCAUCUGUAUUCUGGAGGCUAAGAACCUGAAGAAAAUGGAUGUGGGUGGACUGUCAGAUCCCUAUGUGAAAAUUAACCUGCUGCAGAACGGGAAGAGGCUGAAGAAGAAGAAGACGACAGUGAAAAAGAACACGUUGAAUCCGUAUUAUAACGAGUCGUUCAGUUUUGAGAUUCCACUGGAGCAAAUGCAGAAAAUCCAAGCCGUCAUCACAGUGCUCGAUUACGACAAGAUCGGUAAAAACGACGCCAUCGGCAAGAUCUGGGUGGGAAGCAAGUCCACGGGGGCCGGCCUCAAGCAUUGGUCCGACAUGCUGGCCAACCCCCGCCGCCCCAUCGCUCAGUGGCACCCCCUGCAGCCCGAAGAGGAGGUGGAUCAAGCCCUCGCCGGCCUGACUGCCAAGAAGUAA